UCAGUCUAAUAUCGACUUCUCGUCUCAACUAUGCCAUUAUGCACUAUGCCAAUCAUAUUGGAGAUCACUUUGUUGGCUGUAUGCCUAGGUGCACAUACAAUUAGAGCAACUGGGCGCCUGUAAUAGACAUCCAUAACUUUACACUGUCUUCAGGGCCCGACCAAAGUAUUCGUAUGCUGCUCGCACGAUCGAAAACUAGAGGAUUUCUUCAGAUAACCGUGCCCGUGUCGUAUGCAAAAGGCUGUCUUGUGAGCUUGGAAAAGGCCUGGGCCUGUCUUUGGUCCUUAUCUUCGGAUUUUUCUGUCACAGCCUACUUGAAAACAGACUAAAACUCAGUCGUAAUGGCGCGAUGACAUUUGUCGUAGGCCACCACACGAUCUCGAUGUAAUAUAGUUCACAAAUAGGCUGUUACAGAACAAACAACCUACAACAAUCUUAACCAUAACAAAACUAACAAGACGGCCGAAUGUUGUGCGACACAUGCGCGAAUGUCUUCCGUCUAUUUGCGAUCGUACGAUGAUUGUACGAUCAAAGUAUUUUUUCCCAGGAUCAAGGCGUAAGAUGACGUCCAGUGAUCAUGAUGCAAAGAAAGUUCCUCCAUUAUCUGAGGCGGCGCUCGGCGGAGUCUUUCCGGACGAGAUUGCCGCCAUCAAGGCAGCCCACAGCGGCAAAAAACAGCGACUGAAAAUCGUGUUAGUUGCGGCAGUUGUUGUGACAGUAGCUCUAGCAGGAGGCGCCAUCCUCUUGGGUGUUCACCUUACAGCACAUCGUGUUGUAACGUGCUCACUGAACUUCUGGGAUGGAAAGCAGCUCUUGCACGAGACCGUUGAGACUGACCAAGACGCCGGGACGGACGCCUUCUACACGGACGGUUCUAAAGGGGCAGCUGCGGUCAUGUACGAUCAUCACAAGCUGAUGAAAGCGUUCAAGUUCUCCCGCAGUGAAACCUGCUUCGUCAUAGAAGAGAUGUGGGAUGAGAAGGAAGGUGUGAGAAAGGCUGCAGAGGACCUGGAGGCAAAACAGGAUGAUUCCAUGCAGUUUGCCAGUAGCGGCGGCGCCAUGGUGAUGUCCAUGGAUACUGACAGACCAGACCGCCCCGUACUGAGUGAGAAACUGCAGAACUUUUGUGGACAACUGGAGCCGCGCUGGGCUAAACUCACCCCGGCUACUGAGGAGGAACAGAAAGGAGAUAGGGCGGAAAUCAUCAUGCCUGCUGGUCCUAUUACAGACGAAACAGCACAGGAGGGAAAUCGGGACAAGCGGGGAAUCAUCAUCCGUAUCGUCAGGUGUGGUGACUCGUACUGUGUCUUUGUCAUCAUUUACGUGGUUGAAAAGUUGCCUUCACCAAUACAACACGCACAGCUUAAAACACGCCUUCUUUAAGAGACUCUUGAAGUAAAAGAAAUGACCAAAACGAACGGACACGGACUAUCAUGAACCCUGAGCUUUCGCUCUACUAUAUCUUUUUGCACUAUGUAUAUGCAAUGAUCUAUGUCGAUAGAUUUAUUAGAACUCGAUGUAACCUGUAUCUCUGUUAUAUUUCAUCUGACCCUAACCUCCCUCAUGACCUCGAUGAAAAGCGGCCUGCAGGUCGAUUUGAGCUUCUCAUGAAUAAGUAAAGGUUCAAACAAAGAAACAUAUUAUGUAAGAUUUCGGUCAGUUUUUACAUGUAACAACAAAAAUCUGCAAUUUUAUUGUGUUUUCACAAGGCACGGAAAUAAUUAGUUGAUAACGUAAUGGCUUUUUAAAGUAACAGUUAACUGUUUGUAGGCGUAGUUUUUUUUUUCAAAUCUUUGUACCAUGUUUGCUUUUAUGGGCCAUGGGCCUGAUGCAAACAAAUAAAUUAAACAUUGCCUUGUAAUUUUCUGCUACACGAUCAUACUUGUGACAUCAGCAAGCUAUGUACAGGAUAAAGGUGUGUGUGUGUC